CAACCCAUAAUCAUUCAAUAUAUAACUUUAAAAAUUGAUUUAAAGGAAUUUAUGGGGGCAUUUCGGUAAUUUCUGGAGCAUUUAGGUAAAUCACGUGUUAAUAUUUAUAGCGCGCAGCGCGACCUAUCGUGUUUUGGCAUUGCUAGUAACGGAAAUUCAUCGGGAAGGAGAUUAGAGAGUGUAUUUGAAUUUACGAAAUUACAAGGCAUUCUCUUACGAAGACGCCAUGGCAGAAAUAAUAAUAGCAACAGCUGUGGCAGGGGUGAGCGCUUUCGUAGGUGCCCCCGUCGUUCUGGGUGCCAUUGGUUUUACUAAAGUGGGAGUAGCGGCAGGUUCCAUCGCAGCGGCGGUACAGGGCCCCACUACCGCAGCCGGAAGCUUGUUUGCGUUGUGUCAGAGUGCAGGAGCGGCGGGAAUGGCAGUUGGUACAAAAGUUGCCGUUUCUAGUGCAGUGGGAACGGUGGGCGGAGCAAUUGCCUCCAUUUGGAAGUAAAUUUAUGGACACCAUCCUUUCUAUAUUAACCCAAAAUGAACUUGUUCAACUAGCUGUUGACUAAAAAAUUCAAUUGCUUGUGUUUGAUAUGAGGAAUUACUUAAAACAAUUACAAUGCGCAUUUUUUCAGAAUCCUUUUAAUAUUUGGAAAUAAACUUUGAAAUGAAAA